AUCAAAUUUAAACCCUCCCAAUUUCAAUCGUCGUCGUCUAGGGUUUGUCAUUAUUUACGGAUCUUAAAAAAAUUAUCUCUCGAUUACUUCUAUUUUAUCCUUCUUUCUUGAUUUCAUUGGAGUCCAGUCAUGGACACUGAUGGGGAAGACUUCUACGCCGGCAAUUCAGACGAUGAUCAGGAAGAUCACUGUACUGAUGGGGAAGACUUCUUCACCGGCGAUUCAGAUGAUGAUCAAGCAUAUCACGACCACGAUGCUGGCAUCGAGGAAGAAGACAUCGUCUGUAAGCCGCGGGACUACAUCACUCUGACGCAACCGGAUAUACGCCGCCGUAUGGAGGACGAUGUCGAGAGGGUUUGCGCCGUCCUUUCGGUGUCGAAGACAGAGGCAAGUACUUUACUUAUUCACCAUAAUUGGAAUGUUAGCAGGGUGAACGAUGCUUGGUUUGCUGAUGAAGGAAUCCGUGAAAAGGUGGGAUUGUUCGAGAGACCGGUAAUUAAUUCAUCUGAAUCGGGUGAUCUCAUCGAUUGUGGUAUCUGUUUUGAAUCGCACCCUCAGCGGCGGAUCGUGACCGCCUCUUGCGGCCAUCCGUACUGCACCGAUUGCUGGCGUUCUUAUGUUAGCAACGCCAUCAACGACGGUCCUGGAUGUCUGAUCCUUAAGUGUCCCCAUCCAUCUCGUUGUUCUGCGGCUGUGGGUCGUGAUAUGAUCGACGCUUUAGCUACAGAUGGGGAAAGAGAAAAGUAUGCUCAGUAUCUGAUUAAUUCCUAUGUGGAAGGAAACAAGGAAAACACCAAGUGGUGCCCUGCUCCGGGUUGUGAAUGUGCUAUUAACUUUCUCCAGGGUGAGAAUUUUGAUGUUUCUUGUCAAUUUUCUCAUCUUUUCUGCUGGAAUUGUACAGAGGAGGCUCACCGGCCGCUUGAUUGCAAGACGGUGCAGAAGUGGAUGCUGAAGAACAGUUCUGAAUCGGAGAAUAUGACUUACGUGUUGGCUUUUACCAAGCCUUGCCCCAAGUGCAGAAGGCCAAUUGAGAAAAAUCAAGGGUGUAAUCACAUGACUUGCAGGCAACCCUGUGGCCAUGAAUUUUGCUGGAUAUGCCUUGGAGACUGGAAAAAUCAUAUGUGCAAUAGGUAUGCCAAACAAGAUGAGGAUAGGAAGAGGGAAAUGGCCAAGGAAUAUUUAGAGAGAUACACUCACUACUUCGAAAGGUGGGCUAAUAAUGAAAAAUCGAUGAAGCAAGCUCUGGACGAUUUGAAGAAGGUACAAGAAUCGCAGCUUGAGAAGCUCGCUGAUGUUCAGUGCAGGACGGAGAUAAGCCUCAACUUCUUGACUGACGCAUGGAAGCAGAUUGUUGAGUGCAGGAGAAUCUUAAAAUGGACAUAUGCAUAUGGGUAUUACUUACCAGAGGAAGAGAAAACAAAGAGGAGGUUGUUUGAACACCUGCAAGGUCAGGCUGAAUCCGAAUUGGAAAGGCUACAUUACUGUGCUGAGAGGGAGCUGGAGCCCUUCUUAUCCACCGAAGGACUCUCUACUGAAUUCUUAAGCUUCCAACAUAAGCUUUCCGGGUUAACAUCGGUGACCAAAAAUUACUUUGAGAAAAUGGUUACUGCUUUGGAGAAUGGCCUCUCGGAUGUACAUUCCAGUUCCACACCUUCACCUUCUCUUCCCUCCAACAGUGACACCUUUUUUGAAUCCAAACGCCCAAGAAAGAAAGCCAAAAUUGAGGAGCAGGUGAAUGAAAGAAUUGAAGGUCAAAGAAUUGAUGGUCUAAUCUUUGGGACGGACCUGUGGAGUUGUAGGAGGUGUACCUACAUCAAUGAAAGCCACGCCCAAGUGUGCCAGGUCUGUGGAACAGGUCCUUGGUCUUGUGAUAAUUGCACAUACGCCUCCAAUCCAAGAACUGCAACAGUUUGCGAGAUGUGUUCCCGUCCCAUGGACCAGGGCCAGCGAUUGGAUGGCUGAUAUGGUUUCAAACUAUGCCCUUUAAACUUGUUGCUCUUAUAUUCAAGAACUACUUGAUUUAUUUAUGAAACUGGUUAAUUGAAUUAAGUUUGUCUUAUGGUUAAAAUGCUUGUUUUCCAUUUAUGAAAAAUUCUCCUGCUGCCUGCACUCUGCAUUUUGCUGU